UAUUGAUCGAUCUCACGAGUGUUGUUUUUGUUCAACAAUUCAAUUUAUAAAACACACAAAAUGCUUAUCAAAUCAUCGUGUAAAUGCGCUUCUCGGUAAAAAAUAAUAUAAAAUGUAUAAUUUGUGUAUUUUGUGAAACAAACGUGUUAAAUACAGUGAAUGAAUUCAAGUGGUAAAAACGCAACACAUCAAAAUGAAUCCUGUUUUAAAAGAAGCUUUUAAUCGUAUUAAGCCCGUUUGCGACAUGCUUAUGGUAUGUCCCACGGCAGAUACUGUCUCAAACUUCGUUAAUAAGAUAACAAAAUUAAAGAAAGAUGUUGUGCAAGAACUACAGCAGUAUUUGUUGUUCCCUUUCAUAACUCAUAUUAGUUCGACGGAAAUCGAAACAAAAUAUGGACUGCAAAGAAAACUUGUAGAUGGCAUGAGGGCAGUAUUGGAAAGAGUCACAGUGAACAGUUUUGAGAUGUGCAUGAAAAUUGAAAUCGGCUUACUGCAACUGGUCUUUGAUAAAGACAGGCCAGGGAUGAUUGCAGAAAUCCCAGAGGAGUUGAAACUCAGUGUUAUGUUGAGCCUCACAGUACUGAUGCUCAAUAUGGACAAGAAAUUCAGGGAGAAACUGAUGAAGACCCAGGUUCCACUACUGGCACAAGCUGUCUUUGUUGCUGUCCACAUUGCCAAACUCGACCGGCUUAGGGCUCUAAGAUUGGCAGCUAUCCACUGCGUGACUGCGCACACCGGAACACACGCCAGUCAAACUGAUGAUUACAGCAUCAAGGAUCCGGUCAUAGAGAAAGCCGUGGUUGAUAUGCUGUCCAGCAUAUUGCCAGGGGUGCUAGCUGGGCUGCAAGACGUAGCCACUUGUGCUGAUAAUCCAGGACACGGUGUUAUUGUGGCCGCUAUAGACGCGAUCCACAGGAUACUUUGCAUCACGAUGCACGAUAAGUUUCUUUACAAGAAAUCCGAGUACACGGCCGAUGAUUUCGCAAAGAUGUACCUCGAAAAGACUAAAGACAAGGUUGACACAGAAGUAAGCAGUAAGAAGCCGAAGGAGAUAACGAAAAGGAGCCCGGAAUGGUACACGAUGGCCGGCGACAAGCUAAUGCUGGUCACGAAGAGCCUGAUAGCGCUGAGGACCCACGAGCACCACAAGGUCAGGAAGGAGCUGUCCGUCUUCUGUUCGAGGUUGCUGACCGAAUGUAAUACAACAAUGCAGCCUUCGAUACCACUCGCCCUGGACGUCCUCAUAGCUCUGUCUAAAGAUGAAUACAGUCAAGUGUCGGACUACUGCGCGACGGCAGUGUCCACGUACUUCUCGACGGCUGCCAAGGACGCCAAGAACAAGACCAUGGACAGCUUGUGCGAGAAUUUCUUUACUACCCUCACAUGUCUGCCGAGAGUCUUAAAUAACGUAGAUUCAGCUCGCAAACUGUCGACCCUAAACCUGCUGCACGGCUACAUCCAGGUGCUGGGUUCAGAGCCGCCCCCCCAGCGCGUGGUGUCGGCGCUCAGCGUGCACACCAACAUGCAGUGUCUGUGCAACGCGCUGCUCGAGGCCGCCGCCCUCGACGCCGACCUCACGCUGCUCAGCACCGUCGCCACCAGAGACGUGCUGGCGGGUGCGGUGACCGACUCUCCGUGGGUGCGGCCGCGGUGCGUGCCGGCGGGGGGACUGCGGCGGGUGGCGGCGUGCGUGCGGGGUCUGGCUGCGACCCGCGCUGCAGACUUGCUCGCCGACCGCCUCAUGCAGGUUGCGCUGCAGCACAAACUGCCUGACGCCUUCCUACUCCUCAAUUGGAUCGGAUCGGAACCAAAAGCGCCGACAUCUCUAAUAGAACGAAUACUGAACCUGUACAUACAAGAGGACAUGUGGUACCUCCCGCUGGAGGUGGGCGGAGGCGAGGCGCCCCUCACCAGCGCCGACACGCUCGACGUCUCCGUGUACGACCCCAGGGCCUGGCACCGGGACAGCGUGCCCGGGCUGUACGAGGGCGCCACGGAGACCCGCUACACGGACAUCAGCUACAGGACGCCGCGCGCCGCGCCGCCCCCGCGCACCACGCUGCGGGAGGCGCAGCGGAACAUGCUGGUCUCCUGCCUCCUCACCGAGGGCGUGGGCAUGUUCGCGCUCACCCUCAACGAGCACUACCAGCCCUACCUCAUGAAGGUGCUGUGCCUGGUGCUGGAGAGGAUCAGCAGCCCGUACGAGCUGCUCCACCAGGCGGGGCUGAAGGCGGUGGGCAGCAUCACGGCGGCCGCGGGGCACGCCGGCCCGGCCGACCUCAUCCGCUGCAACGCCGACUACCUCACCAACCAGAUCACCAGGAGACUCAAGAAGGCAUGGGACUGCGAGUCGGCGCUGCAGAUAUUAUCUGUGGUCAUGGAGUAUAGUGACGUCACUAUGCUGGAUUACAUGUACGGAAUAGUUGAAGACGUCCUAGUCCAGAGCUGCGACAAGUAUUACGACAGGAAUUUAGAAUCUUACCUGCAAGUGUUUAUUACUUUCAUCGAAUGCCUACAAAAGUGGUUCAAGGAUGAGGAUAACACGGAUUCGAAGCCGCCGGAGCGAGGCCUCGACCUCCUGGAGGACGUCCGGGAGUACUGCAGGAAUCAACAGGAGGCGGAGAGGCUGCUGGACGAGGGGGAGCCUCCGGGGGGCGGCCAGAGCGCGGAGGAGAUGUACCGGGAGGACCGGGCCGCCGAGCUAGACGACGCGGCAGAUUACGGCGAUGCUGUUACGAAGGAAGAGGCGCCGGUAGCUCGUCACCUGAGUGUGACCGCGGCCAUAGUGCGGCGCUGCGUGCGCGGGGCGGCGGGCGCGCGCGGGGCGGCGGCGGCGCUGCGGGCGGCGGGGGGCGGGCUGCGCGUGCUGCGGGGCUCGGCGCUGCUGCUGCCGCUCGUGCACGCCGCCUGGCCGCCGCUCGUCCACAGAUUUGAAGAAGACGAUCCUAUAAUCAUGCGGUGGGCGAUAGAGUUGCUCGUCACGAUGGCUUCCGUCUCAAAGGACUUCAUCAGGGCCAGAGCUAUCAAGGAAGUCCUGCCGCACAUUUACCGGUUUCUGAAGAAGUCUUCGAGAGACAGUUACCUGAAGGACGCGGGCUCCUCGUACCGACUGAGCCUUGCGUUCGCGCUGCAGCUGUGCUCGCUGCGCGCGCUGCCGCGGCUGGCGCCCGACCUGGCGCUGGCCCGCGAGCCGCUGGAGGACGCCAUGCACAGCGUCGACCCCUACCUCUCCAAGAAACAGCCCAAGCCCUUGCAGGCGGCGGCCGUCAAGUUCUACGAGACGGUGCUAGAGUACGACUACGGCGCCGCCUGGCACCACCUGCGGAGGCUCUGCAGGAACGACGCUGUGCUGCGGCCCAAGGACCCCAGCCUCGCGCCCGUCGUCGGGACGCCCUUCCAACCCAAGAACAAGAACUAUGAGAACAAUAUCAAACUAAUAUUCAAUUUUGAGGUCUCGUAAUUGUUAGUGAAGUUAGUGUUGUGAGCGCGGCGCCGUGUAGUGUAUGUACGUAUCAGGUCGU